GGCAUGUCUAUAAUUCAAAAAUGGGUUAAUUUCACUGGAGGUGUGUGUAUGCUCAUAAGUGUGUUUGGAGCAGUGGCACUAAUGGUUGUAAUGUACAUGAUCAUUGUGUUCUCUCUGAACCUGAAAGGAGUGGCAGGGAUACUGACUGGACUGAUACCAUCCAUUGCUCUGUCAGCUGCCUCCUGGUACAUCAAGAAGAGACUGGAGAAGGAAGUGAGUCAGUCCAACACAGCCACAAGUCAGUUGCCACAGUCUAUGACGACUAUGAAGAUGGUGAUGACAAUAGUGGCAAUGAAAAGAAGGCUUUGAAGUUUAUGACCUGGAAAUUGAGUCCAUCCCAAUUUUUGUUGCUAAGUAUUUCAGAAUACACAAUAGUAUCUCUG